AGAGAAGAAACUUGAUAAUUUAAUGGUCUUUUACAACUUAAAUCAUGGUUUACCUUAGCAUAGGCAGGAACACAUAUUUUAAUUCUUUGUUGUGGCUUUUUUUCAUUGUUUUGACUACAGAGGGUCAACAAUUCAACAUGACGGGAUCUUCAGAGUUUGCUUCCCUGAGAAAGGCUUAUACUUGGACUUGUAGCAUGUUUGUACCCCCUGAACAAACUACCAAAGGUGUAAUAUUUUACAGAAACAAUGCUAUAUGUGCUGUUAUCGGAUAUCUCAAUAAUGACUGUGUUAAUCAGAGUGCAAACCCUAGAUACACAUACGCAUGUCUGUCAGAUUAUGUGUACACUCUGACUAUACCAGCAGAAAACAUGACAGAAUAUGAACAGGGAUCGUUGUGGAGAUGUGAAUAUGUGUUUCAUUCUGUAAAUGGUUACAGAAGUUCUGACGUCAUCAUUAAAAUAGCAAGCCCACCCACAGUGCAUAUGUUAUCUCAGCAAGACAUAUUAGAAGGAAGAAACUUGUCUGUCACCUGUACAGCCACCCCUGGAAAUCCUAGCUCGACAACAUUUUACUGGACCAAGGUAGACAACCCAGGAUUUAGACAUAAUGGUUCAACUCUACAUCUACCUAACAUACAGCGAACCAGUUCUGGUACAUACAGAUGUACAGCAGAGAACAACUACAAUAAUGAAGAGAAGGGAACAGACAGUCAGCCAAUGGACGUCAAUGUUCUUUACCCACCAACAAUAAAGACGCUAUCUCAACAAGACAUAGUAGAAGGAAGAGCCUUAUUAGUCACCUGUCAGGCCGUCUCUGGUUAUCCUAAUUCCACCACAUUCUAUUGGACCAAGGAAAACAACCCAGGAUUUAGACAGAACGGGUCCAUUCUACAUAUACCUAACAUACAGCGAACCAGUUCUGGAACCUACAGAUGUACAGCAGAGAACAACUACAGUAUUGGAGAGAAGGGGACACACAGUCAGUCCAUGGACGUCAAUGUUCUUUACCAACCCACAAUAGAGAGGAGAUCACUACAAGUAGUAAAUGAGAGUGAGAAAUUCACAAUAACUCGAUAUAUAGUAAGCAAUCCUUUGUCAGAUGCGUCUUGGUAUAAUGGAACACAACUUUUGAAAACCCAGACCUCAGUGAAAACUGCUUCAUACACCAUCGAAAACACCACGUGUACAGAUACCAAGAACUAUACCCUUGUGACCAGUAAUGGAAUCGGGAAUACAGUGACAGCAAGGGUGGAAUUAAUUGUAAACUGUAAACCAACGCCAGAUAUCACAAAUAUAACACUUGCAGUUAGUUGCACCACCGGCAUUAAGUUCUCAACCAUAAUAAUUGCAUAUCCAGAGCCUCAAUACGAGUUACAGUAUGAAAACGGAACAAGGAACGAUCAGAUGAUAACCACCAUCACAGAGAAUAAAGUGAAUAACUUCACAGUUCGAAUAAGACAACAUGCUGUUGAGAAAAGUAGUUUUGGGGUUUAUUAUUUAAGAGCGAGCAACAUGUUUGGAGAAAAAACCGUAACUGUUAAUGUAAUUAAGCAAAGAAAACCAGACCUUCCCAGAAAUAUAAAAGUAACAUGUAAAGUAACAGAAGCCAUAGUUCAAUGGAUAUCGUCAUUCAAUGGCGGAGACACUCAGAAUUUUACUGUGAUUACUCUGAGUGGCCAUGAUGGAACUAAUCUCUACAAUGGUCUAAACGACAAGGGUGAAAAUGAAAUUCAUGUUACUUACGUUAGCAGUCUUCAACCGUCAGUGACGUACUGGUUUUCUGUGUCGGCAAAGAACAGUCAUGGAUCUAGUUUCUCAAAAGCCAUCAGCUGCACCACCGCAAAAGAAACAGCAAGCUCUCUGACAGCGGUAGUUGCUGGAAGUGUUGGAGGGUCGCUGGUGUUGGUUACGAUUAUACUGAUUGUUGUGUUUUUUGUUCACAGACGAUACACAUGUAUCUUUAAAAUAGCGUUGGAAAAAAGAAAUACAGAUAUAAAAGUUGACCCAAACAAAGAAACAUCGAACUAUACAACCAUAAAAGAACAACAGGAACAUACUGAAAGGAACAUGUAUGACGAAUUAGCACCAAACGAAAACGCCAGUCAAUACGAGGAUAUUUUGAAGAAAGAUAAUCAUGGAAAAAACGAAAAAUUAUAUGAAAAACUGCAAAAAAGUGUUGAUAAUGAUGGAGAAGGAAAGGCCAUCGAGAAAAUGAUUCCACUGAAAAGUAAAGAAUCAAGUGAUGACAAAUCCAUGACCCAAAAAGCUGAAGAAUAUGCUAACACAUCAUUUAUGAAGUAAACCACUACAACCGGAAUUUGUCUGAAUCAUUCUUUGAAGUAUUGCAAAAGGUGUCCUUGUCUUCUGAUAGACCAUGUUAUGAUUAUUAGACUUACAGACAUGAAUAUUACAUGAAUGUACAGUAGUGACUUUAUGUCGAAUAAAUGUUUAUGAGUCUUCGAAGUUCAAACUUGAAAUACUUUUAUUGUUUUAUAUAAUUAAUUUUUAUCCCAUUUAUUGCAUUUUACCUGUAUGAAUUUCACUCAGCUGUAGCCUA